AUGACGGAUGUUGAGGUUCCCAAUGCCCCUGUGUUGAGUGACGGUGCAAUGGAUGUUACAACAGCUCUACAGAAAGUCUUAAAGACAGCUCACAUUUACGGUUAUCUAAUACAUAGUCUCCAUGAAGCUGCCAAAGCUCUGGACAAGAGACAAGCAGUUUUAGGUGUAUUGACCGAGCACUGUGAUGAAAGAAAUGAGUUCAGGCACUCUGCAAUGAACAUCAUAUUCCACUAA